AUGGCAUCUGAAUCAAAGAGCAAUCCUUUCGAGAUGCCGGACUCGUCGCCGCCAGAAACUUCUGUCAGCAACAUGUCAUCUGCUCAAGAGAAUGAAUUGGCAAGCACUGCUGCCCAUACCACUGGACCAUCUGAUCUAGAGAAAAAACGUUCCGAGGCUCCAGGUCCAUCAUCGAUAGGCAUUGGUGCCCUCGACAUGGCACCUGACCAUGAGGAGACAUCGAGGGACGGCGAUGCUAAAAACGUGGUAUCUGACCAAGAGAAUGCCCCCUUGGAGACUUCUGACCCGUCAUCAGUUCACACUGCCAACAGUAUGGUAUCUGAACGAAUGGAGACAUUGACAGAACCCAUUGGUGAUGGCAUGGCAUCUGAUUCUGUGAAUUCAUUGGCAGGAUCUACUGUUCACAACAUGACAUCUGACCAAGAGAACACUUCGAUAGCAUUGGAUAUCGGCAGCAUGGUAUCUCCCCACCGUACCAAUCAUCAGGACACUCAAUAUGCUCAUGAUUUCUCUCAUGCUCCCAGAGAUCCAGGAUUGCAUCCACAGACUGUCGUACUCACUCGGCUAGACACCAUGUCUCGAGAAGUCGCGCAAGAUUUGAUCGACUUUGCUACUGGAGAGACGACUCAGGUGCGGAUCCCAAAUCUUCAGGUGACUUAUCAAGAUCGUCAGAGAGAUUUAAGAGAUGAUAUUGGAGCUGUUACUGCUCUAAUUCAAAUUGAACGCAACGAUACACAUGAGAUGGCCGCACCAGCUCACAGAAUAAUUCGCACGAGCCCUGGCUACACAGCAUACAUUCGAAGAUAUCUUCAAGCCCCUAUCAACUAUAAUAUGGCACAGAAUGUAGACUUUCAUGGCUGCGUCUUUUGCUUCGACGAGUCGACGGAAGGUCUUAUCUUGCUUCCAUGUGAACACAGCAUCUGCAGAAUUUGUCUAAACCACCAUAUCACCUCUUCCACACGGAUCAUCAGCCAAUUUCCUCCACGAUGCUGCUUCCAUGCCCUCGAUGUCGAGGCUGUACAAGAGCAUCUGGACCCUGAUGUUAUUGAAGGUUUCAACGCCGUGGUCGAGCAAUACUCCGAUCGCAGUCAGUUCUUCUGUGCCAAUAAGUACUGCUCUGCUUACAUCAACACGCAGAGACUGCAGCAAGCCCAGGGACAGUUUGUCAAGUGUCACGACUGCGGUCAAGACACGUGCAAGGGUUGCAAGCAAGGUGCUGACCAGCAUCACUGCCCGGCACCAAAUGAACAGAUGUCCGCUGCUGAUCGUGAGUUGAUCGAACAGCGAGGAUAUAAACGAUGCCCAGCAUGUGGCACCCUCUGUGAACGGGAAGAUGGCUGUCCAAAGAUGCCAUGUGUGUGUGGCCAGUCUUUCUGUAUCUUGUGUGGACGAAAGUGGCCAGUCAUUGGCAUGUGCAAGUGCUCGCCAACGCAAACCAUGGGUGGUCAUCGCGUCCGAGUCAGACGCAAUUUCAGACAGCCAUACAUUGGUAAUGCGGCCCGAGUGGCCACCUUUGCAGACCAACACCUCAGGCUCACGCCUGAAGAGCAAAACCGGCACCGCGUGAUGGCGCAAGCAACCAGGGAAGAUGCUUCUGGUGGCGACCUUGCACGUAGCGAGGCACGCUUUUAUGCCACCAUCAAUGUUCCCUCGCCACAACGAGAUCGACCGCCUCAGGCCACGGUGCCUGAACAGCCAGCGGCUGAAGCUGGCAGAGACCUCCGGAGACAAUUGCAAGAGUUGCCCCAUAGGCUCCAACGACUAUGGCAGGGUGACAACUCUCGGGGGCAACGAAACAGUGCCAGGUCUGUACCAGAUGAGCUGCGAGAGGCUGAACGCAACGUUCAAUUUUGGGAGGACUUUUUCGGCAAUGGGGCCAGAAUCGCAGGGAAUACACCGCCACGUCGACCAGCAAGCAAUCAGCCCAUGGCGAGGGCGCCCAGCGCACGUCCAGUUGUUUCGCCUCCACGUCCUGCGCCAGGACUUUCGGCCAACACCUUCCUCAAUGCCUAUUUGAAUCCACGCCAGGCUCCAAUGCCUCCAGGUGACGACAAUAUAACGAUUACACGACCUGGUACAAGAGAACGGGCAAUAAGAUCUGAGGGCAGCCCUCCAGACUCUGCUGCUCUUGCUGCAAGUGAUACACGAGAUCAUGUGCACAGAUUUGGCUGGCUACGGUCAUUUCGCUCGAUUUACCGGCUUAGGGAUGGAACCCCAGGCUACUUUUAUGCGAAUGGAUUGAUCGCAACUCGCAGAAGUCACGAAGAACCACCAGCAGCACGCCCUCAGGACUUGGAAGCUGACCAACAAUCUCGAGAUCCGCGAGCCAGUAUCUUCUCGCGAGCCUUUGACCGGAGACCAUAA